AUGAGUACAGAUAAAGUAGAGAUAUACACCCAACCACCACAACAGGACCAGAGAAGUGACUCUAUCGAAGAGUCAAUAGCCACAAAACUCGAGGAACUUAUUGAAAAACAUCCAAUAUUACCUGAAGAAGCACUUGAGGGAGAUGGAGAUGAAAAUGAGGAGGAGCGAGAGGUAAGGAUUCAUCAACAACAAGAAAGAGCUAAAGAAGAUAUCGAAAGGUCACAAUAUACCACCCAUUCAGAGAUAGCACAUAAGGAAGUACUGGAUUUUGAACCAGAAACUGAAUCAGAACAAGAAGAAGAGGCCGAGGGUGAUGUGGAAGUUGAUCAUGAUGGAAUGGAAGUGCCCCAAGGUAAAAUCCCGCUUGAUGGUCAGUUUUCCACUGACGAGUUGAAGAAGUUGGUUGAAGUAGCUCAAGAAAAGGGAAUACUAAGUGAAGACGUUGAUUUGAAAGUGGUUGAUUCGGGUGAAAUUGGUGAUAGAAUAAGAUUGGCUGAUGCUAAAGCUGACGAGGAAAAAAAGAAGGAGAAGGAGAAGGAGGAUGAGAAGGAGAAGGAAAAAGGGGAAGGAGAGAGUAAUAAAGAAGCAGAAGGUCAAUAG